UUAUUCUGCUGCCAAGAGUAUUGUUUGUUCCGGUGCGUGUUGCUGACGUCAUUUACGUCCGCCGACCCCCUCCGCCUCCUCGUCGCCCCUCAUCGUUCGGAUUGACAUCCCAGUUCCUCCUCUCGUCUUUGCGUCGCUCAUCCUCGCUCCCAAAUCGGCCAUCUGACGAUGGAGCAGGGGCUGCUGUGAAGACGACACGGUAUAGCCAGGCGCGCUCGCGAUGAUGUCCUCGUUCUACCAUCCAGCCAAGGAGGCGGACAUGGCGGCCAUGGCAGAACCGCUCUGCUUAGAAAGAGACGUGUGUCGGGUGAUUGAGCUGUUGGACCGGCUGCAGCGCAGAGGUGAGUUGCCUCCUCCCAAAUUGCAAGCCCUCCAGAGAGUGCUGCAGAGCAAGUUCUGUGCUGCCAUCAGAGAGGUAUACGAGCAGUUAUAUGACACUCUAGACAUUGUUGGAGGACCGGAAGUGCGAGCGCAGGCGACAGCCAAGGCCACAGUGGCAGCCUUUGCAGCCAGCGAGGGCCACGCCCACCCACGGGUUGUGGAGCUUCCCAAGACAGACGAGGGGCUGGGCUUCAAUAUCAUGGGGGGCAAAGAGCAGAACUCGCCCAUCUACAUCUCCAGAGUGAUUCCUGCGGGGGUGGCUGAUCGUCAGGGAGGCCUGAAGAGGGGAGACCAGCUGCUGUCUGUCAAUGGAGUGACUGUGGAGGGGGAGCAUCACGAGAAGGCUGUGGAGUUGUUGAAGGCUGCCCAAGGUUCGGUCAAGCUGGUGGUGCGCUACACCCCGAAGGUCCUCGAGGAAAUGGAGGCUCGCUUUGAGAAGAUGAGGACAGCCCGCAGACGGCAGCAACAUACGAGCUACACUUCUCUGGAGUCCAGGGGCUAAGCGCUUCAACACCCCAUCGUACCUGACGCUUGUGUCCCAGUUUGAGGCAUGACCAUAGACGAGUAGUUAACCAAAGUAGCCUACUAACGCCAGCUACCUGAAAUGAAGCCAAACGCUGCUGUUUGGCUUUCUCCCCAUUUCUUAGGAAAAUACAGUGAUAGCUUGUAGCGUCAAAUCCCGAUGUGUAAUCUUCUCCAGUCUCCAAACGUUAUAAAUGUAAUCUAUAUGGUUAUGUGGUGGAAGUAGGUCUUAGUGUCCAUAUUCCGAAUUUGUGCACCCUGUGUGGUCCACUGUGCUCCUGAUGAGAGAGAGGCAUGUGUAAAAUGACCCUUAGGCCUUCAAGACCAUUUCUGUGACAGAUACCCCAAGAGCCGGAAAUACCCUCAUUGGCUGCUACGGUAUAUGCAACAUUAGGUUUUAGGCUUUAUAUCAUUAUUUAUUUAGUUCCCUGAUAUACUCAUGGAAUAAACCGUGUCAGUCAAA